GAAAUCUCCAAAGAAUCCACAACAACCGUGGAAUCAACCACUUUUAAUGCCACAAAUACCACAAGAACAACAGAGCAAUCAUUAAGUACCAAUGUACCACUGUCGCAAAGUACAACAUUUAAUUUUAAUUCCUCUGAUUCUUCCGCGGGGGUUUUAGAGACGAGUACAGAAAGUUAUUCCACAGAAACGUCAACACCAGCAUCUACACAAACAACCUUUGUAAACCUAUCUUCAGACCAAACUAAUUUUACAGGUCAAUUAUCAAAUACAUCAACAACAGCCAUGGAAUAUACGACUUUUAGAACCACAAAAGCACCAGAAAUCAUAAAACAAUCGACGACUGCAUCAGAAUCAUUGAAGCACAGUACAACAAAUAUUUUAAUUUCUUCUGACUCCUCGACAAGGAUUUUAGAGUCGAGUACAGAAAGUUCGUCCACAGCAACAACAAAACCCUUCACAACAAAAUCAAUAUUUGAAAACCUUACAUCUACCGAUCAAUCGAAUCCCACAACGGAAUUCUCAAAUGCAUCCACAACAGGCAUUGAAUCUACCACUGCUGAAUCCACUAAUGUCACCGAGCUCAUAGAACAAUCAACAAGUACCGGUGUGCCACCGUCGCAAAGUACAACGAAUCUUUUUAUUCCUUCUGAUUCUUCCACGGAGAUUUUAGAGUCGACUACAGAAAGUUCUUUCACAGAAACAUCAACACCUCCAUCUACACAGACUGUUGCAGAUUUGACAUCUAAUAUCUCAACAAAUUUUACGAUUGAGUUUUCAAAAUCAACAACAGAGCAAUCAACAAGUACCACUGUACCAUUGUCGCAAAGUACAACGAAUGUUUUGGGUUCCUCUGUUUCCUCCACAGAAAUUUUAGAGUCGAGUACAGAAAGUUCUUCCUUGGAAACCUCAACACCAGCAUCUACACAAACAAUAUUCGUAAACCUAACAUCAACCGACCAAACAAUGGAAAUCUCCAAUGAAUCCACAACAACCAUAGAAUGGACCACUUUAAAUACCACAAAUGCCACUAGAACAAUAGAUGCAUCAACAUAUAACAAUGUACCAUUGUCUCAAAGUACAACAGUUGAUUUUAAUUCCACUGAUUCUUCCACAGGGAUUUUAGAGAUGAGUACAGAAAGUUCUUCAACAGAAAUUUCAACACCAACAUCUACACAAACAACCUUUGAAAACAUAAUAUUAUCUUCCAACCAAACUAAUUUUACAGGUCAAUUAUCAAAUACAUCAACAACAGUCUUAGAAUAUACGACUUUUAAAACCAGAAAGGCAACAGAAGUCAUAGAACAAUCAACGACUGCAACAGAAUCAUUAACACAUAGUUCAACAAAUGUUUUAAUUUCGUCUGAUUCCUCUUCAGGGACUUUGGAGACAGGUACAGAAAGUUCUUCCACAGAAACAGCAAAUUCAGAUAUGACAACAAAUCAAAUGUUUCAAUCGUCUACAGAGUCUUCUACAAAACAAACCACUUCAUUUUCAACAGAAAUGGUCGAUUCAACACCAAGCAUGUCAACAACAUCAACUGCUAACGAAAUAAGUCUCGAAACUACUACACAGACUGAUAUAUCAAUAUCACCAUCUAUAGAGAUAAUUAAUUCGUCAUCCACUGUGCCUACAGAAUCUGCUGUUUUAAAAACAACUACCGAACCGACCCCCAAAUUAACAACAAUGAAGAUAACAUCAACAACUUCAGAAGUUAUGGAUAAGGAAUCUACCACUCAAGAAGAAAUAUAUUCGUCGACAACGAGUUCAACACCGGUAAUAAAAACAUGGCCCUCAACAGAUAAAUAUAAUUCAUUUUCUACAGGAAUGUUUGAUUCCACGUCAAGCGAGACAACAACAAUUUCUGCUAUUAUGCAAACAACCCAAGAAAUGACCAAGAAACUUACAACAUCGACAUUAACAACGACAGAAGUUCAGCUGUCAACAUUAUCAGAUACAAUUACAGAGGUAACCAACACAUCAGAGGGCAUACAAACCACAGUGUUUAUACAAACACCUUCAAACUCAUCAGCAACAUUAAAUACGACAGAUUACCCAUGGUCAUCAGAACCAACAAGCACAGAGUUACAAAAUAAUUCUGAGAGUUCAACAACUUCUCCAUUUACGGCAACACUGGAGGACAAUUCUUCAGCUACAAAUUCAUCAACAAUAUCUACAGUGUCGUCCUCUACAAAUAUGUCGACAGUGUUAACUAUUAUGCAAGUAACAACAGUUCAUGAAGAAGAAAGUGCAGACUCUUCAAAUAUGGUCACACCAACAGCUCAAGUGCAGGGUACUGUGACUACGACUACAACUGAAGUAAAUUCGCCAGAAACAGCUUCAGGGAGAGAUAAUACUCUAAAUCUUCUAGCUGGGAUGGAGUACACCGGAAUUCCGCUCUGCAAUAUUUCUGUGCAAAACGUCACAUGGUUCACGUUUGAGUUUUCCCUUGACUCCAGGAAAGUUGGAAUACUACAUAAAAAUUUCUCUGAAUCGUUAGAUUCCAUUAGUCCAUUUGUUUCAUAUUUUGAUCAGAAUUCAGAAACAGUGGCAGUGAAAUUAAACGUUUCUUUGGAAAACAUUAAUAUCAGUCUGUGUUAUACAAGGAGAAUAUAUGUUUGCAAGCUUGAUCAUGAAAAUGGAACACAUUCAGUGGGUGGUGAAAUAUUCAUAGCAGCACCAAUGCACAGUGUUGUCAUAGACGACAGAAUAUCCUACAACACAGGAGAUGAAAUCGAAAUUAACUGUACGUCGCGCUCUGGAAAAGAUGCUUACAAAGUGAGCAUCGAAGCACAUUUACAAGGGAAUGAAACACGUGUAUAUCCCGAUGCGACUGAAUAUGGUGAUUUAGAUAACGAUUGUACAGUUCUUUUGGUUUGGACAUUCUCGCUUGCAUAUUAUGCAGUACCUGAAAUUUCAAAUGCAACAAUAAAAUGUAUAUUAACGAAUACCAUCCUAAACGACAAACGCAUGGAUGAAAAGAAUAUAACAGUUACAUAACAAAUAAAAACAUCAUGUAUUGGAUUGAAAUCUUAAGUAUUUAUUGUACAAAUCCACUAUUCUCUCUCUCUCUCUCUCUCCCUGAUUGCACAUUUUUUAUA